AUGACGCCGCCUGGCAGCAUCCCGGGGAAAUGCAUCAGAAGACCGGGCUCUGCACCCUUCUUAUCAACUACUCCUCCACCGGCCGUACUGGUAGCUGACGUGGAUGUCAUCGUCGCCGUCCCUGCCGUCGUUGUUGUUGUCUUGGAAGACGCAUCCGUAGCCUCCACAGAGGAGGACUCUUUGGACGUUUUUAGCAGUCACGACAUCCACCUCGGUUGA